AUGCGCGACAUUUUGCUGGCCUGCGUUCUCGUCUUCUUGUUAUCCCAUGUUGUGAAUGGUACCAUCAAGCCAGCUCACGGAGACAAAGAUGUGGUCCCUCACGAAGAACAGAUGCUUGAUGUUGACACCAUCUUCCGUGCUCUUGGUGUUCCGUACUGUAUGAGGAAAUGCAUCGAUCCGUUCAUCAAUUCGACAACUUCGCUGUGGUACAUGAAAAAUGUCGUCAACCAAGCGAGAAAAGUGUGCAGUCUCCACGCCCAGGCUAUCAGUUGUUUGAAUAAAGAGCAGUUCUGUGAUCACAACAAGAUCUUCCUGAAAGCUAGUAGCAGUGUAGAAUACAUGUGUGCCACGAAGCACGUCCUUUUCGAGCGCAUGGAAAAAUGUCUCGACCCGAUUGUCGAUGACGUCAUGUCAGCCUGUGAUAAAGAAUGCUAUGCUCGUUCGAAUCUCACUGCAUUCUCACAAGAUUCUAACAUCAAAUUCGCUGCGACCGUUGGAGGAAACGCUUUCAUUGUUGCCGAUCAUCUCGGAGAUCUCUGUACUUCUUUGCAAUGUACUCUUCCAUGCGUCACUAAAAGGCUCAACAACAAGUGUGCUCUUAGCGGUUGGCUCAGUCUGGACAUGCUUAUGCAACCAUUUGAUGCUGUAUCAGUUAUGGUCGAUCAGCUUUCUCCGCCAUUGAAGGAUUUGAUCUCAAAGAAAAUCGACAAGAGAUGCCGCUUCGCGAUCGACCCCCACAGACUCAACCGUAUUCGAAACGGUGACUUCGGAGCAUUCAAUCUCGCUAACCUGUCAUAA